UAAGAAUGCACUUCUCUUUUUUACAAACACACUGUCGCUGAAUUGGGGAGUAUCCUGUUUAAUUGAUUCUUUUCGUGCUUUGAUUUGUGUCAAUUGAGCAAUGUCAGUUCUAUAAAACUGCAACAAACAACAACAUUAGGGCAAUUAAUGGUCAUUGGUCGUCUUUGACGCUAGACUGAAAAAUUCGCAAAUUAACAGAAAGAAAUAGAUUGCUUGUCUAUGCUCAUUUGAGUGGAAGUAUAUAUUUGCUGCUAUUCUUAAGUAUAAGUGAAAAAAAAAACUAAAAACCAUCUUACACUUGUGUCUUUUGGCGAGUUUGUGGAUCAAUUUAUCGACACAUCCUCCAACGAGUAAUUAAAAACACACACUUGUAACAUUUUAGACUUGUUGCACCUGAGGACUAACCCUUUUUGUAACAGUCCCCACCAGAAUCAAUUUCGUUUGUUAAAAGGAGCAUCGAUUGCCAUGGGCUCACGUUCAAAACGCUCCGUCGCGGAUCUGGAUUUCGUAGACAGCGAUCAAAACGGGAACGAAAGCUAUGAAUUCGUGGAGUAUAUUAAGAAUGACAGUAACGCGGUCUUACAAACAUCAAAUGAAGAAAAAGAUCAGAAACCGGUUACACCGAGGCGUUCAUUACGACCACGACGUUCUGUUUCUCGCACCUCUUCUGCUGUAGUAACGCCGACGCCAAAUCGAAACACGAGAACCCCGAAUAGCCAGAGAUUGUCGUCAGCCAAGCCGAGUUCUGCUCGUCGGACGCCGGCGAAAAGCAUGGAGGAUAAACUCUAUUAUCUCUAUGGAUCCGAGUCUUCUAGUCUGAGCAGAGGAAAGGCGCUCAUGGACGUUUGGAGAAUGUACGAAACUGCUCCCGGGGUGGCCCACUUCGAUCACGACCAUUCGGAACAAUAUACGCUGGACGCAUUGCUCCUAACUGGCUACGGAUUCCAACAAAUCGAGGAGGUGAAAAAGGAAACGGAAGAAAAAGGCGAGAGACUGCCAGCACAACUAAACCUUAUGUUGGAUAGCACAGGACAGCCAUUGACUGUGCGUGAAGGCGAUAUUUUCAAUUUGUCUGAGCGUCAUCCACAUAAACGUGGCUUCUUUGUUCACACUGGUCAGUCGGUGACUAGUUUAUCAUGGCUUUAUACAUUGCAGGAUGAGCAAUGUCUGGCAGUUGGUGGUAUGCGCACGAUCUCUGAGCAACAACCCUCCGCCUUUAUUCGCACAUCUGGUCGUAAUCACAUUCAACUUUGGCAAUUGAACAGUGCUGGCGAGUUCCAACUGAAACAACGUCUUUGGCACGAUUGGGGCGACAUUUAUCAGUUACAAUGGUGUCCAUGUGCAUCCGCCAAUCCAAGCAUCUUAGGUCUCUUAGCCGUGAUUAGCAGUGACGGUAUUUUACGAGUAAUACGUGUACCUAACAGCAUUUCUGAUACAAACCUGCAUGUCCACUUGGCCGAAUGGACGUUUCAACUAAAAGAUGCAUUGUAUACGUGCAUGACUUGGAUCAAGCCAGCUACAGGAUCUCCACAUCAGAUACUUGCAGGGUGUUCAAAUGGCUAUCUGGCAUUAUUUGAUUUGCUCAACGUCUCAUCAACACCCUUGACUUACAUGCCGUUUCAUGACUCGUACAUUACCUCUAUUUGCCAGUGCGCACCUACUUUUCCUUACAUUUUCCUUACCAAUUCCUACGAUUGCUAUACGAAGUUAUUUGAUCUGCGUGAUCCUGAAUUGGACAGUAUGAGCCGAUCGCACAAAAGAGAUGUAUGUCAGUCCAUUGCAUGGAGUGAUAUGUUACAAUCUACUGUAAUUGGACAUGAAUCACAAAGUGUUAUUCUCGAGUCCAUCCGUGGAUCUCCAUUAAAUCCUACACUAGAUGAGCGGAAUGGAUCUGUGAUGAGUAUCGGUACAACCGUCCGGCACCCGUUUGUAGCAGCUGGCGGAGCAGAUGGCAUUGUUACGGUGAUGAAUCCCUUCAGGUUACUGGGUUGGUCCCACAAAUUCAAAAUGAGUGUCUAUCGGUUAUAUCAGCUUGAGUACAGCUCGAAAUAUGAUGUGUAUCGGUUACUCGAAAACUUUCGUCCCAAUCUGCCUAAACCACGAAAGGUAAGCUUGUACGUGCAUCCUUGGCAAGUGCAAAUCAGCAAGGUAGAGUGGAACCCAAACUUCAAAUAUGCUGGUUGGCUUGCGAGUGGAAUGGCAUGUGGUCUCCUACGGGUAGAGAACCUUGCUGUGUUUCCAAGGACAUAAACAGCAUCCGAACUGUUUUUGGAAAACACUCACAGGGGAAAAAAAUAUUCGCUAACAAUACGCACUAUUCAUAUCCGUACUUACACACCCUCUCCCGCUAAUUUUAAAGGUUAUGCAGCCAUUGUCUGGCAUGAAUGUUACGCCUGAUCCUCGUUUAAGAAGUUGGGAUUGUUGGUGAGCUUACUAAGGAACUUCGCAUGCCAGUCUUGGAACACACGAAGCGGCACAUAAGUAUCGUUGGGUCGCAAAUCACCGAGUCCCGUGGCAUAUGGAGGCAAGUUGGAGACGGCAAAGCUAGCCAAAAAGUUGUACAAGUUUUUGAGGAUACGUUCUGCAAUAGAAGACGGAGGAGCAGCGGGUUUGGCAAGAGCAGUUGAGGAGCUGGAAGCCAUUGCUUCCUGUGCAAUGCUUUCCAGCGGUUCAACACUAAUGCCAAGACUGGCUGUGAUACCGCUAACGGGACCAGCACCCUGUGUGAAUUGCUGUACGGUAUUUUUCAAACGGAAAAUGGCACUGGGUUUUUCGUUAGUAAGGUAUCCCAGGUAUUGAAAUGGUUUGUCUGGCCAUUGAAAGUAGACUUUGGCGCCAAAUCCAUUAGGAAAGGGAGAGGUAGGAAGUACGAAAACAACGAUGUGGUUUAUGGACUCUGCAUUUUCGAGGACGAAGAGGAACUGAUUUUCAGAUAUUUGUUGAAGAUUCGUUUGAACCAGGCGACCAGCACAAAUUGCCCCAAACAUCGUGAAGGAAGAACAAAUAAAGCGCAGGACGACGUGCGUUAGUGUUUAUGAGAUCUGUUAAUGAAUAUGCGAGAAGUUUGUAGAAAAGUUUAAAAGUCUACUAAAUAAGACUUGAGUGUGUCG